CCCGAUUCCCAUUCCCCCAUCAUCCUCAUCUCCUUCUCUCUUCUUCUUCUCUUCCUCCUGUUGCUAGUAUUGCUAUAAUUAUGCGGUCCUCCUGGCGCCGCCCCCCCGCGGCUGCGCCGUUACCCGAUGACCGAAUCUUGACCGCCGGCCCCCUCCCGGAUGACCUAAUCUUGGCCUGAAACGCCGUCGCCCUUCCCUCUUCAUGGCGUCGCCGUCCGAAUCCGAUCGGAAGAUCAUCACCAGGUUCCUCCACAAAACCCUCCACGCCGUCGUCGCCUCCCGCGUCCCCCGCCUCCACCACGCCGCCGCCGCCGGCCCCGCCUCCCCCAAAAACGACCGGUGGUUCCACCUCGCCCUCGAUGACCACCCCUCUCCCGCCGAUCACCAUGGCGCCGUCGUGGACCCCUUGGUCUUCGACAUCCUCCUCACCCGGCGCGGCUGCUCCGAUGUCAUCGUCGAGCGCUGGACAGCUCGGUGCGUCCCCCCGGUCCCCUGGUCCGCCGCGUCCCCGCACCACCCCCACGAUGGCUCGUUCCUCCGCAGGACCUAUAAGAAGUGCACAAUUCUGCUCAGAUCCAUCUACACGCUGCUCCGGCUCCUCCCGGUGCACCGGAUCUUCCGCCUGCUGUGCUCCUCCAGUCAACCUUACAACUAUGACCUCUGCCACAAGGUCUUAUCCUUUGCGGCGCCCUUCUCCAGGGCGCAAGAGGCGGAGUUGAAACAAUACAGCUUCGCGCCGGUGGAAACCAUGUUAGGCCACCUCGUCGUGUCGGUGCAGUACCGGCCGAGCCUCACCAACUUCAAUCUAGAGGUCUCCUUGCCGACACCGCCGCUGAUCAUCACGGAUUACGUCGGUAGCCCGGCUGCCGAUCCCAUGAGACCUUUCCCUUCUUCCCUGCCCGAUCGGAUGUCCCACCCGAUCGUGUAUCAGUACCCGCCGAGAGGCAUCCGGACGUUGGCGGCUCCAUCAUUCGACCGCCCGCAUAGCUGGAACAGUGCGUCGAUGGUGCACCAUCAUCUGAGCUCGGCUCCUGGGCCUCCGGAUUCUGAACUACUGCCUGGGCAUUAUGGGCAUCUGGUGCCAAACCAGCGGUCAUCGAUGGAGAGGAAGGGAAGUUCAGGUUUUGGCGAGUUUAAGCUCUCCCCACCGUGCUCGACGUCGCCCUCCCCUUCUCCUCCAACACGUGUUGGUAAUUCCCAGCUGUCUAGACUGCAUUCGGAGACAUCACCAGUGAGCAUACCAUUGCCAGCGACAGAGAACAACCAGAUGCACCGCAGUCCCAACUUCUCAGAUCCAUUCAAGAGCCUUUUCCCUCCUCCAUCUCCAAGGAGCACAAGGACGGAUCUCUCUUUUCGGGAGUCUCCUUCUAAGAGUAUAUCCUUCAGAAAACCUGACGGGUUUAGCCUAGGAGAUAUCCACUCAAACUUGCAUAUGCAUGCUGCUUAUAAGGUAAUCAAGGAUGGUCGGGAUGAUUCUGGAAGGUUCUCUGCUUUGUCUUCUGGUGGCUCGCCUGGGUAUGGUUUUUCAAGUUCAAGCCGACAGUCAAUUCAGGAUGAUCUUGAUGAUGAAGAUUUCUCUUAUCCGUUUGCUUUUGACGAUGUUGACACAUCAGAUUCUCAAACAAGGAGUCUUGAUGGUAAGGAAGCAUCAGAAAAUUCUGGUUCUCAUAAAUCACAAGAGGCAGCUGUUGGCAUUCUCGUCCACAUGUUGAAAACCGCAGCACCACUGCGCCAAGAUCAGAGUUGCUCGAUGCAGUCUUUGGAACCAAAUGGAGAAGCUAGCAUUAGCAGUUCUGUGAUGUCGAGGAAAGCAUGUGAUGCGUUGGAGGAGCUCCAAAGCUACAAGGAGAUGAAAAACUUGCUACUUUCUAAGAGUGGAGCUAAAUUACAGGACUCUGUAAAACAAAGAAAAGAGAGUAGUGAAGCCUUAUCCUAAACUAAGAUCGAUAGACAAACAGUUGCUGAUCAUACAUAGGUGCAAAGUUGCAGGCACAGUGAUCAUCAUCAGAGGCUCCAACCUUGUACAUAACAGUCGAGUCUCGGUUGCCUUGCCUUCUUAAUGGAAUCACAGGCUUGCAUCAGAUAUCUCCUAGAGACUCUUCCUUCCUCUCACAUAACAGAAGAUUAUUCUCUAUCUGUAAAUAGACCGUCUCAUGCCGAAUGGUAUGUGUUCAUUUGUGUAACUUAAAAAAACUUCCAGUUUGUCAUCACCAUCAUACCUACCUAACCCAGCGAGCAUACUUGCUUCAUAAUGUUCCCGUUGCUGAAACUUGUGGCAGGAAGUGUGUAUGUGUGUGUGUGUUAUAUAUUAUAGCAAACCGUAUGAUUGCUUGAGAAUAC